AUGGCUGAUCUCUCUUCCUUGGAGACCGAUUUAUCGGACUGCAAUUCUCAGAUCGAAACUGUUAUGUUGGGCCUGGAGGUAGACCCUGAUAAUGUGGAACUAAACAGCCUCAAAACGGAGCUCGAAGAAUACAUGGACGUUCUCAAAACUCAAAUCGCCGAGCUCAAGUCAAUUGUGCCCAAACCAGCUUCCAAGUCUGCUAAGCACCCAGAGGAGGCAUCUACUGCAACUACUCCCGCGUCAUUUGCAGUGAAUGACACUGUUCUUGCGCGCUGGGUCUCUGGCGAUAAGGCUUUCUACCCUGCCAAAAUCAACUCCAUUACUGGCUCCUCGACCAACCCAGUCUACCUUGUCACAUUCAAGUCAUAUGCAACCGUGGAAACUUUGACUGCCAAGGAUAUCCGACCCAUCUCUGGCACUGACUCGCGAAAGCGCAAGGCUGAUGGAACACCAGACAGUUCGGCAUUUCCCUCGCCCGCUCCCCCUCACCCUGGUGUAAUCUCCGCCGCGGCAGAUAUCAACCCCACACUGGCUACCCAGGCUCGCCACGAACCCAAAAAGAACAGUGAUGGACCGGCUCGUCCUGCCAAGAUGCCCCGGACAACUAAGGCCCUCGAAGAAGGGAAGAACAAAUGGAAGGAUUUUGCUGCGAAGACUAAGGGCAAAGGCAAAGGUGCAUUUGGCAAAAAGGAGAGCAUGUUCCGCACGGGUGAAGGCGUCAAUGCACGAGUGGGAUUCAUAGGUUCCGGACAAACCAUGCGCAAGGACCCGACCCGAACCCGCCAUGUCUACCAAAAGACCGAUGAUGACGGCUAUUAG